AUGACGACCGAUCGCAUGGCCGUGGCCGCAGCCCCCCCACCAACUGUCCCCGUGCAGACGCCUCUCGAGCCUGAAUCUGCCAAUGCCGUGCUCAACGAUGCCGACCUUGGAACGCCGCUUGACAAGCAUCGGAUGAACUGCGACAUCAACAUGCAGCACCUCCGCCAAGUGGGCGAAACCUACGGCUUAUCCGGUAAAAUUGAAUACUUCAAACGAUACGUUCGAUUUCAUCGUAAACCCAUCGAACGACUGUCUUACACCAACAUCGAUCAGAAACUACUGCCACGCAGCUUUCAGACGGUCGACCUCAACAGCGGAUACGUUUUUCAAGAGUGCGCCGAGCCCCUCGAAGUACCGGUCACGCAGUCGCCCUAUCCUGCCGACGUCAACCUCUCCGAGUUCAUGUUUGCCGUUUCUACGACUUUCUCGCGCAUCAAUAAUCCUGCCAGCAAUCCUAUCAAGGAAUGGGCCUUUUGGCUCACCAACAGCAACGGUAGGCCGAAUGUAGGCAAGCUGCUUCUCCAACUCAUUGACGCCACUGUUGCGGAGCUUGACGACGUUGCGAGACGCCUGGCGCGCGCCGAACGGCCCAACAAGAAGUGGCUUGUCAUGUGCGAUGACGACACAUACUUUCCCAAUAUGCACGCGCUCAAGGCCCGGUUCGAAAGGUACGAUCAUAAGAAGCUACUCUAUAUUGGAACCUUGUCAGAAGACGUUGGCGCUAUUGAGCGCCACGGAUCCCAGGCGUUUGGCGGUGCUGGCGUCUUCCUCAGCGUGUCUAUGGCCGAGAAGAUCACGGACAUAUUUGCGACAUGUCGGUCCAACACCAAGAUCCGAGAAGCCGACUCGGGCUGGGGGCCUCAGGGUGAUAUUCUCCUGCGCAAAUGUAUCUACGAGAACACCAACGUCAGGCUCACCCAGUUGUGGGAUUUGUGGCAGCUUGAUCUUUUCGGAGAUCCCGCCGGCUUCUACGAGGGCGGCAUCAAGCCUUACUCCGUUCACCACUUCAAGGGUGGAGGAUGGCACUUUGCCUAUCCCUUCCAGUCUACCAAGAUAGCCCACGCCUGCGGCGAAGAUUGUUCGUACCAGCGAUUCGUUACAGCUGACAAUUUUGUCAUUUCCAACGGUUUCAGUGUGGCCCAUUACCCACAAGGCAUUGACUUUGACCUCGACCAAUUCGAGGGCACUUUCCACGCCGCGCCGGAAGACAGAGGCUGGAACUUGGACUGGAUGUACGGCCCCCAACGGCCGUCCAUGCUGAGGACCGGCAAGAAGAUUGCCUGGGAGCUUCGCGAGUCAUACAACAAUCCUGACGGCUCCGGUGCUUCAAACCUACAUCCGCCGGGGCUGAUGACAUCCGAUGGGUCGAGAAUGACAAGCCACUUCGCACCCACGAUGGUGUCAUUGAGCUCGUCUGGAUCCCCGCCUAAUCCCGUCGAGAACCAUAUUUUGUCAUGGGAAAUAUAG